AUGGAUGCCAACGGCCCCCAACCCACUCACCCUCACCCUCGCUCUCACCCUCAUCCUGAGGUCAACGCUCUCAUGCGGCGUAUCGGCGGACAAUGGGCGGGUCCUGAUCUCCAGGGAGCCUUUCAGACCGAAGUCGCCAAACUCCUUGGGCGAAGAAACCUGUCAUUCCCCGGGGCCCAGCCCGUCUCCUUCUCUGCAGAACACAUCCAAGAACUCAAGAGGCAGGACUACUACGUCUGCGAAAAGACCGACGGACUGCGCUACCUCCUGUAUCUCACUCAAGACGGCAACAAGGAUAUACACUACUUCAUCGACCGCAAGAACGACUACUGGUAUGUGCCCAAUCUGCACUUCCCGCAUCAUGAAGACAAAACCUUCCGGCGCUUUCACGCGGACACAAUAUUGGAUGGGGAACUGGUGGAAGACAAAUACCCAGAUCAAGAGCCGGUCGUUAAAUUCCUCGUGUUCGACUGCCUGGUUCUCGACCAUGUCGUCUUGAUGCAACGUCCCCUCGACAAACGCCUCGCCUACUUCUACAUGCACGUCCUCCAGCCCUACAAUGCCAUGUUCAAGCAGCAUCCCGAGUACACCAGGCCAUUCGUGCUCGAGGACAAACACAACGAGUUCAGCUACGCCCUGGAGAAGAUGUUCAAAGAAAUCAUCCCCAAGGUGAAGAAGACGCAUGGGAAUGACGGUUUGAUCUUCACUUGCCGUGAUGCACCGUACAGGAUGGGCACAGAUCCACACAUCCUCAAGUGGAAGCCCCCUUCUGAAAACACGGUCGAUUUCCUCCUCCACAUCGAGUGGGCGAAAAUGGAGCCGGACCCGGAGGAUCCUGAUCAGUCCCCGCAGCCCGACUUCUACUCGUUCCCCGAAAAGUUCUCUCUGUUUAUCCACGUGGGUAGUAACGAAUACUCAUACGUCGAGGACAUGUACGUCGAGCCGCAGGAGUGGGAAGAGUGGAAAACCCUGAACCACCCGCUGCAGGACAUCAUCAUCGAGUGCCACCAGGACGAGCAGCAACGCUGGCGGUUCCAUCGAUUCCGACACGACAAGGAGAACGCCAAUCACAUCAAGGUGUUCAAAAGCGUUAUCCGAUCGAUCCAGAGCCAUAUCACCGAGCAGGAUCUGCUGAACCACGCCCCAGAGAUCAGGACCGCUUGGAAAGCUCGCGCCGAGGAGGCGAAGCGUCGGCAGGAGGAAGAGAAGCGCAAGAGACCCGCCGCCGCCGCGAGGCCAGAGGGGUGA